UGGCGUUUGCCCCUUAAACCCUUCCUGCUUCACUCCCGCCUUCCAUGGCAGCUGAAACCUCACUUCUCUUUCCUGCUAACAACAACUCUCUCUCGUGAAACUAUGCUUUUCACACCGCCUCGCAAACUUUUGCUGACUCCGUCUUCGAAGAGUGGUAGAAUUAUUGUUAUGGGUUCGAAGAAUUUUCUGCUUCUGAAAUCGCCGGCUGCUCCAGCUACUUACGCCUGCUUACAUGAUUCUUCUUCCUCUUCUUUAUCAUCAUCAUCUUCUUCUUCUCUGAGAACAUUUAUUUUUGACUCGUACACUCGGAAAUGCUCGAGGCUUUUUGCCUCUCCGAAGCAAUUGCAGCUGAGUUAUCAGAGGGCUAAUGGCUACAGUUUUACGCCCUAUGCCGCCAUGCCUAUUCCGAGACCGAUUUCUGAUGUUGAGUCUCUGGAGAGGCAAUUCGUUGAUGAUAAGAAGCUGAUGAUAUUAAAGCAGAAGUUGCAGGAACUUGGAAUUGAUGGCAGUUUAUGCAUGCCGGGCCAAUACAAUGGUUUAGUUUGUCCAAGUUGCAAAGGCGGAGAAUCGAACGAGAAAAGCCUUUCGCUUCAUGUUGAUGAAGAUGGCGGUGCAGCAGUGUGGACCUGCUUUCGUGCUAAAUGUGGGUGGAAGGGCGCUACACGUGCCUUUGCAGGUGUAAACUCAACUUAUUCAACAAUGAAUAAAACCAAAACAAAGCAACCAAUAAGAACAAUUACAGAGGAGAGUUUAGGACUGGAACCUUUGUGUAGUGAGCUACUUGCAUAUUUUGCUGAGCGCAUGAUCUCUGGAGAAACCCUGCGGAGAAAUGCUGUUAUGCAGAAAAGGACAGGAGAUCAGAUUGCUAUUGCUUUCACUUACCAAAGAAAUGGAGAGCUUGUAAGCUGCAAGUAUCGUGAUAUUAACAAAAAGUUUUGGCAGGAAGCAAAUACUGAAAAAGUAUUUUAUGGACUAGAUGAUAUAAAGGAAGCAAGUGACGUCAUAAUUGUUGAGGGUGAAAUGGACAAGCUUGCUAUGGAAGAAGCAGGCUUCAAGAAUUGUGUGAGUGUUCCUGAUGGUGCGCCUCCAAAAGUAUCGGCAAAGGAAGUCCCUGCAGAAGACAAGGACACGAAAUAUCAAUAUCUAUGGAAUUGCAAGGCAUAUACUGAAAAGGCAUCUCGCAUAAUUCUUGCAACUGAUGCUGAUCCUCCUGGUCAAGCCUUGGCCGAAGAACUUGCACGGCGCCUUGGAAGAGAAAGGUGCUGGAGAAUCAAGUGGCCAAAAAAGAAUGAUACUGAAUACUUUAAAGAUGCAAAUGAGGUGCUUAUGUAUAUGGGCCCUGAUGCACUGAAGGAGGUUAUUGAAAAUGCAGAGCUUUAUCCAAUAAGAGGGUUGUUUAAUUUUAGAGAUUACUUUGAUGAGAUCAAUGACUAUUAUCAUCAGUCUCUUGGUUUUGAGCUUGGUGUUUCAACAGGAUGGAGGGCCCUCAAUGAAUUGUACAAUGUUGUACCUGGGGAAUUGACAAUUGUCACAGGAGUUCCAAAUUCAGGCAAGAGUGAAUGGAUUGACGCUUUAUUAGUCAAUCUCAAUCAUAGUGUAGGCUGGAAAUUCGCACUUUGUUCGAUGGAAAAUAGGGUUAGGGAGCAUGGAAGAAAACUGUUGGAGAAACAUAUAAAAAAGCCUUUCUUCGAUGUUAGGUAUGGGGAACGUGUUGAGAGGAUGAGCACCGAGGAACUGGAGCAAGGAAAAAAAUGGCUCAGCGAUUCAUUUUCUCUAAUAAGGUGUGAGAACGAUUGCCUUCCAAGUAUAAAUUGGGUUCUUGAACUUGCAAGAAUAGCAGUUCUGCGCCAUGGGGUUAAUGGGCUUGUAAUUGAUCCAUACAAUGAACUGGAUCAUCAACGCCCUCCUAAUCAGACCGAGACUGAAUAUGUGAGUCAGAUGCUGACCAAAGUGAAGCGGUUCGCUCAGCAUCAUUCAUGCCAUGUUUGGUUUGUUGCUCAUCCAAGACAGUUGCAUAAUUGGAUUGGAGGCCCUCCGAAUAUGUACGACAUCAGUGGGAGUGCACACUUCAUAAACAAAUGUGACAACGGCAUUGUUAUCCAUCGUAACAGGGAUCCGGAUGCUGGUCCUAUGGACUUAGUUCAGGUUUGUGUGCGGAAAGUACGUAAUAAAGUUAUAGGAACAAUUGGCGAUGCAUAUCUGUCAUAUAAUAGGGUCACUGGUGAGUACUCGGACAUUGAUGUGGCGGGCUUGCUUUCUAAGCGCAAGCGUGGUCCGUAAGGCUUAAGGUCCAUGGUCUGCUAGGAGCUCGGAGUUUGUUAAUUAAAGUUAUGUUUCGAGGCUGGCCAUCAUCUCUCUCUCUGUAUGUUUGUCCAGGUUUGCUAGCCAAUUUUGUGUCUCGUAGUCGUAGGCCUGGGAUUGAAUAUCAUUGAUUUCUGUAAAUACAAAUAUCAUCAUUGGCUGAAUCAAGGCUGUAUAUUUAUUUGAACUUGUAUUUUCCA